GGAAGGCCUAGCAUGCCGCACGCACCAUACACGGCAGGGUCCUGUGCCAGCAUGGAUGCGCUCCAAAACCACGACCGUUGAUGGGUUUCUUCAAUGUUGUCAGCCGCGCAUCCGUCCAGCAGGCUGAAGCAACCAAAACAUGACACAUCCACCUCACGACCCCCAAAAUGGUUCAUUCCAACCACGGCGCCGGCCGCACUGAGCCGGCCGCUGCCAAAGGCUCCCCCUCAGAAACGGCCACCGACCUGGGCGACCAGCGCCCACCGCCAUUGCCUCCGAGGCGCCCCUCGGUCCAGGUCGAUGCUGGCCACCUCUCGAAGCCCACCACUGCGCUCUCCUCCAUCGACGUGCAGACACUCUCGUUCCCCGAUGGCUCCCGAGGCACCUUCGAAGGCACAGCCGUCACCUCCAACCCCAAGCCCAUGUCCCGCGUUCCCAGCGGCACCGCCACCCCGGUCGAGCUCGGAGGCUUUGCCCCAGGCUCUGCACUUCCCGGCCGCGGCAGCGACUUCGGCGACGACUCGGUCAGCAUCAUGAGCUUCUCGCCCACCCUUCGACCCCCUGCCGACCUCGCCAGCCUCGUUGCCGGCGGCAUCAACAAGAACAGCAAGGCCUGGGCAAUGCUUAGGUCCCAAUCCGCCUCCGUCCUACCCUUCCAGAAGGCCAGUCUGGCCGACAGGUUCGGCAAAUUUGACACCGAGUUCGAGGAGAUACCCGCCGAGGGGGCCCUGAACGAUGACGGGAGGCUGGCCCUGUGGAGGUCCAAGCUGAAGCACUACAUGAUCCUGUCAUCUGCUGGGAAGCCGAUAUGGAGCCGCCACGGAGACCUCGGCUUGAUCAACUCGUCCAUGGGAGUCGUGCAGACAAUCAUAUCAUUCUACGAGGGCAUGAAGAACCCGCUACAGGGAUUCACAGCUGGAAACACCCGUUUCGUCGUUGCAACCGAAGGCCCUCUCUACUUUGUCGCCAUCAGCAAGCUCGGCGAGAGCGAGGCACAGCUCCGGGAUCAGCUGAAAGCAUUAUACAUGCAGAUCCUGUCCACCCUGACACUCCCAACCCUCACGAAGAUCUUCGUCAACCGGCCGUCCACAGAUCUGCGGACUCCAUUGCAAGGGACAGAGUCCCUGCUGUCAUCAUUAGCCGACAGCUUCACCAAGGGCUCCGCAACCUCUCUCCUGGGCGCUUUAGAGUGCCUGAGGGUACGGAAAUCCCAGAGGCACGCAAUCAAUAAUGCCUUCCUCAAGACACGCACCGAAAAACUGCUCUAUGGCCUCAUCGUUGCUGGUGGAAAACUGGUCAGCGUCAUUCGGCCACGGCGACAUUCCCUUCAUCCCAGCGACCUGCAGUUGAUUUUCAACAUGCUCUUCGAGUCCGGCGGCAUCAAGGCCGGAGGCGGCGAGAACUGGGUUCCUCUCUGCCUGCCAGCCUUCAACAGCAGCGGCUAUCUCUACAUGUACGUCAGCUUUUUUGACAACGCCCCGGCAGACGGAGCCAAAGAGGCUACGCUCAUGCCCGAGGAUGAAAUCGCCAUCAUCCUCAUCAGCCCAGACAAGGAGUCCUUUUACGACCUGAAAGAGAUGCGCGACAAGGUAGCAAGCAGCCUCAAGAAGAACGGCAGCCUCGACAUCAUCAAAGCUGCCGCCAAGGCCGGCCGGCCGCAGAUCGCGAACAUCGCACCCGGCAGCCAGGUCAGCCACUUCGUUUACAAGUCUCGCGCCAACGUGCAGUUCUGCAUGUCAUCGCUCGACCUGUUCUCCGGGUCAAAGGGGUCCUCGCCGAUCAGCGCCGGGGACGAGGACGACGCAGAGGCAGGCGAAGCCGAUGGGCUCGUCUCGCGCAGGCGCCUCAUGACGCUAUACCACCAGUUGCACACCUCGGUCCACGCGCGCCACUCGCACCUCAGGGUAUUGCACUGUGCGGGACAGGAUGCCACGAGUCUGGCAUGGGUCACCCCGAUUUUUGAGUUCUACUGCGUUGCGGGGCCGAAUGCAUCCCGGGCUGUCAUGACGCAGGGCGCAAACAAGAUCAUUCAAUGGGCGAAGAAGGAGGAGGAGAGGUUAUUCAUCAUCGGAGGCGGCGUCUUCUGAGUAUGCUCACAUGGGGUCAUACUACUUCAAGUAAUACCCAGGUUUUUUAUUUAUUUCAAGGUCUCAACGCGGUCUGUACUACAGUCUGCUCUAGAUGGUAUGAUGGGUUGCUGGAUGGCAGCAACCCGAACCCCAGAUACCCAACCAUCGUCAUCAAAUAUAUGCACAUUUUCCAAAA